AUGGUGUCUAGGUCUAGUGCCGAGGCUGAGUACCGUGGGAUAGCUCAAGGUGCGUGCGAGUUGCUAUGGUUGAGAAGAUUGUUGAGAGAUCUUGGGUUUGGACCCCAAAAAUCCAUGGAUUUGUAUUGUGAUAAUAAAGCUGCAAUUGCAAUUGCGCAUAACCCUGUGCAAUAUGAUCGUACAAAGCACGUGGAGGUUGAUCGACAUUUUGUUAAAGAGAAGUUGGAUGCUGAAAUUAUUUCUUUUCCGUUUAUAUCAUCCGAGUAUCAAUUGGCAGAUAUUCUUACAAAAGCUGUGUCUCCUAUGGUCUUUCUCAACUCCCUUGACAAGUUGGGCAUGCAUGACAUCUUCGCUCCAAUUUGA